AUGUAUACGGCCCAACGGAAUGUACACGGUCACCAGCUCACUGUUGAGCAGAUUUCCAAUACUCGGUUAACGUGGCUGUUCGCUAUUAGUUUGUCAGUUUCUCUACUAUUUGCUCUCGUCUUAGAUAAACAUUUUCCCGAGACGAAUUCACUCCCGCUUCACCCCUCUCUCUAUAUAUCUAUCUUCAAUGAACGCUCGAUCAUAGCCUUCAAUGUCGAUGUAAUAGAUUUAAGCAAAUGGUGUAAUUUCGAAUUUGGGUUUUUGAUCAUAACGCGUCUGAUUGAGAUCAUGGAAGCAAGAUCCAAAGAUUAA